ACAACGAUCCGGCAAACAUGACACGCACUUGGCAAGAUAUUGCAAAGGCGAAGCGGGCAGCACUGUCUGAGUCUAUUCCUGCAGAAUGGCGUAUCCCAGCCAACCUCAUGCCUCUCGAGUCUCAACUGGAUGUGACAGGCUUCCCUCAAGAGAGCGGUUUCUUCUCUGAAGAUGAACUGGCGUUCACCUCCACACAGAUUCCAGAACUGUUGCAGCAGAUCCAUAGCGGCAAGUGGAAAGCAGUGGAUGUCGCAUCGGCCUUCUCCAAACGAGCUGCGGUAUGCCAUCAACUGACGAACUGCUUGUCCGAGACACUCUUCCCUGAGGCGCUGGAAAGAGCAAAGGCCCUCGAUGAUCAUCUGCAAAAGACCGGAAAACCCAUUGGCCCGCUUCAUGGCCUUCCUAUAUCCCUCAAGGACAACUUCAAUAUCAUCGGCAAGGAUUCGACCAUUGGAUUUGUGGCCUGGGUAGAUCAGCCGGCUACUUACAAUACAGUCUUGGUGGAUGUGUUGGUUAAAGCAGGAGCGGUGCUUUAUGUCAAGACAAAUGUUCCUACGGCAAUGAUGAUUGCAGAGUCUGUGAACAACACGUUCGGUCGUACCGUGAAUCCACGCAACAGAAAUCUCACAUCUGGUGGGUCGAGCGGAGGAGAAAGUGCGUUGAUCAGCUUCGGUGGCAGCGUGCUUGGUGUUGGCACUGACAUCGGUGAGUCGAGAGUGAGAUUAUUGCGCCGUAACACACGAGUGGCUGACGUGAUUUANGGUGGAUCUGUGCGUAUACCCGCUGCUUGUACUGGCAUCUUUGCCCUGAGACCUUCGUUCGGCCGUUUCCCUACAAUCCAAAGCAAGUCAGGUCUGGCAGGACAAGAAGCUGUCAACUCCGUCAAUGGACCCAUGGCUCGUACUUUGAACGACAUCGAGUUCUUUGCAAAGAACGUCGUAGAUACAGAACCUUGGAAGCUUGAUCCGAAGUGUUUGCCAAUACCCUGGCGUGGUGUUGACGUAGGGAAGAAGCUACGAUUAGGCGUCUUAUGGAACGAUGGCAUGGUGGACUUCAAGGCUGAUCAUAACGUCCUAGGNCCGACACCCCCAGUUCGUCGGGCUCUCAAGCAUGCAGUUGAUGAAUUGCAAAAAGCCGGCCACGAGAUUGUUGAGUGGAAGCCGGAGCUGCACUCGGAAGCAGUUGAUCUGCUCGUAAGUGGGCGACUUACUGCAGUUAUAUUCAAGACUAAUAGAUCCGACAGNGGGCAAUUCUUCGUGGCGGAUGGAGCCAAGUCAGUCAGAGAAAUUCUGGCUCCUGUAGAUGAGCCGUUCAGAGAGGAGAUGCUGGACUACGCAAAAGCUUCCGAAAUCGGAGUCCACAAAUUGUGGCAGCUCCAGAUAAAGAGGACGAAACUGUGCAAGGACUAUCUUGACAGAUGGACCCAAGCAGGCCUCGACGCGAUUCUGUGCCCAACAACGCCCUUCGCAGGCGUCGAAAAUGGCAAGUUCAAACACGUAGGCUAUACGGACAGNGGCGUCUUCAACAUUCUCGAUUAUUCGGCCAUGUCAUUCCCAUGUGGGACGAUGGCGGACAAGCAGCUGGAUAAGGCGGUAUCAGGCACAGAGCCAUUGUCACAGAUCGAUGCACAGAUCCAGGCAGAAUACAAUGCAGAGGCAGUCCAUGGGAUGCCGGUGAGUCUGCAGCUCGUUGCCAACAGGUUGGAAGAAGAAAAGGUCGUGGCAAUGACGAGGGUGGUGUUGGAAGGACUGGGAGUCGCGGUG